AUGCCUGUGGUCCCGACGAAUGAGCUCUGCACUUCUGAGGAAGACCUUCAGGGCCAAAUCCAGGCCCAGGGCCCAGUGGAGGCGCAGCUCCUGGGGGCUGAGGCAGAGGAUGCCUCAACCCCUGUGGCCUCCUUCCCUCCAGACUCAUCGUCCUCUGCCGCUGUGGAUGCGGAGGUCUUGUUCAAGCAGGCUGUGAAAGUGAUGACGGCUGAACUACUGGAGUUCCUGCUCCUCAAGUAUGGCACCAAGGAGCCGAUUUUCCAGGCUGAAAUGCUGAAUAGGGUCCUCAGGGAUAACCAGGCCCACUUCCCACUGGUCUUCCGUAAAGCCACACAGUGCCUGCAGCUGGCCUUUGGCGUGGAUAUGAAAGAGGUGGACGACAGAGAGCACAUCUAUGUCAUGGUCCCCACCCUGGGUCUCACCCUCAAUGAGAUGCAGAGGGGUGGGCAGAGCAUACCAAAGGCUGGCCUCCUGGUGACGGUCCUGAGCCUGAUUGUCGUAGCAGGGGACCGGGUCUGUGAGGAGAAGGUCUGGGGAGCACUCAGCAAGAUGGGGGUAUUUGCUGGGAUAGAGCACUGCAUCUAUGGGGAGCCCAAGGAGCUGCUGACCCAAGUGUGGGUGCAGGCAGGGUACCUGGAGUACCGUCAGGUGCCUUACAGCCGCCCUGCUCGUUACGAGUUCCUGUGGGGUCCCCGGGCCUAUGCAGAGACCAGCAAGCAGCAAGUCAAGGACUAUCUGCACAGGGUCAAUGGAAGGCGUCCCAGGUUCUUCCCACCCCGGUGUGCAUAG